AUGACCGAAGUCAUCCAAGCGAUAUUCAUCCGUGAGACCGAAACACGAAGCCACCCAAAACCACAUACCGUCUACCAAGUCCAAGUCCAUGCCGCCGUACGCAACUGGAUCAUUUGGAAACGGUAUUCCGAAUUCGCCAAGCUCAACUCGACCCUCACCGCCCUAUUCCCCAAACAUCCACCACCCGUCCCAUUACCUGGAAAAUCCAUCUUUCCAUCCACAUUCUCCAGCCUUGACAAAAUUCAAGAACGGCGUCGUGGACUGGAAGACUAUCUGCGCGGCAUUCUGAGCAGUCGGGAUGACCGAUGGCGACAAACGGACGCAUGGCGAGAGUUUUUGGGCGUACCGUCUGGACGGCCAUUGGACGCAACGACAAUGUACACCUCGGAAAAUUGGCUUGACGAGUAUAACGAAAUGACCAGCACUGCACGUGAAAUUCGAUCCUUGAUUAACAAACGGGGUGCGCAUGCUGCACGCAAUGAAAUUUCGGCUUCGCAUAACUGUACAAUGCAAGCGAAAAAGUUACUAUUGUUGCUUUCGACUCGGUUAUCGAAUCUAGAGUCUGGAUUGUCCGGGUUGGCCAUGGGGACCGGGAUUGGCGGCGAAGGGUCCAUGGCCGAAGGAGAGUUGCGACGACGUCAAGAUAUGUUAUAUACCCUCAAGAACGAGAAAGAUACGUUACUCAAACUCGUGAAUACCGCGACAACAUCAUUUCAACGGCCACAACAACAACAACGGCAACAAUCACAACGUGGAACCAAUGGACGCGCAUUUGGAGCUCAAGCAAAGGCACUGAUGAACGAAACAGAAGAAACACGAGGGCUUGAUAACGAAGGUUUGAUGCAAUACCAGCAACAAGUGAUGCAGGAUCAGGAUCAACAGGUUGAACAAUUCAGCGCCAUCUUGGCCCGACAACGACAGCUUGGAUUGGCGAUUGGGGACGAACUUGAAACACAGAACGAAGUACUUGAUGAGCUGGAUACUGGCGUAGAUCGCACCAAUGUUAAACUCAAAUUUGCAAAGAAAAAGUUGGGAGCUAUCAAAUAA